CCUGCAUUCGUGUCCACACCAAGCACAAGCAGCAGCAGCAGCAAGCUCGGCUCCCUCCUCUCCCUCUGCUGCCUCCGGCCUCCCCCACCGACCUUUCCCCUCGCCCAGCGCUGGCGCGGCCCGCGGGCCCCCUCCUCCCUACUCGCGCGGCAGCGGGUCCGGCGGCCAGGCGACGGAGCCAGACAGCACGGCACGCAGACGCGCAGGGCGCGGGUGCGGGCCGGCGGCCGUCAAGCGCGGCGCGUCUCCAGCGGCAGUCCGGCGACGGUCGGCGGGCGCGCGCCGCGGCGCUCGCCGUCUCGUGGCCAGGCUCUACGGCGGCGGCUGCUCGGCUCUGAGCCCCCACUGGUAUGGGCGUCUUGAUCUGCGCCUGCCUGCUCCAGCUGCUGCUCCUGGGCGCUUCUGGGGUGGCGGCGCAGUCGCAGCCGCCGUCGCCGGCCAGGAUCCUCGACGCCACGCUUCAGGACUACGCGUACCGCGCGUUCGUGCGCCCGCGCACCGGCAUUGUCUUCAACGCCCCCGUCCCCGCCAACCUCACCGGCAUUGCCGUCUCCGCGCUCCGCCUGCGCAGCGGCAGCCUCCGCCGGAAGGGCUUCGCGGGCUACUUCGAGUUCGGCGUCCCCACCGGCGUCGUCGUGCAGCCGUACGUCGAGCGGGUGGUGCUCGUCUACCACAACCUCGGCAACUGGUCCGACUACUACUACCCGCUCACCGGCUACACCUACCUUGCGCCCGUGCUCGGGCUGCUGGUCUACGAUGCGGCCAACUUGUCGGCCGUGGGUCUGCCGGAGCUCAACAUUGUCGCGUCAGAGAGUCCGAUUUCCGUGAGUUUCGGCAAUGUCAGGGCGGUGCCGACGGGCAGUGCAGCGCCGCGUUGUGUGGUGUUCGAUUUGAAUGGCGUGCCGCAGUUCCGGGACCUGGAGGGAACCAAUGUGUGCUCGACGUUUCACCAAGGGCACAUCUCAAUAGUGGUGAACUCCAGCGAGAUUGCUCCUCCUCCAGCUCCAUCAGGUCCAGUUGCCCCGCCGAUACCAACUGCUGGAGGUGGUGCAAAGGGAAGCUCACAGGCGUGGAAGAUUGCGGUCAGUGCGGUUGGGGCUGCCGUAGGAUUGGGGCUGCAGGCUUCUCUUGUGCUGUGCUUGGUGAGGCACAAAAGGGAUAAAAGGCUUCAGCUGAUGGAACGGAAUGCGGAGAUUGGGGAGACAUUGCGGAUGGCGCAGGUUGGGCAGACGCAGGCACCUGUGGCGUUGGAGACACGGACACAACCGGUGAUUGAGAACGAUUAUGCAGCAUAGUAUUCUUUGAGCUUUGUGUAACCAAAGACCUCAUGCUGAUGGCUAGAGAUGGGAUUGUCCAUCGGUUGGUUGAGGCAGCAGAUUUUCCAUAUUCAUGAUGGCGAUGCUAAUUGCGCUAAUUUCAGAGCUCAGGAUCUGCUCCAUGAAGGUUCAUCACAUUCUUUCGGUGGGUUUGUUUCGAAGCUUAAGUUUUCAAGUGCAAGCAGUGGCUAUUCUUCAUGUUCAUAAUUGCCAUGUUCAUAUGUCGGGAGUUUCUUUCAUCUCCAACCAAGCAAUGGAGGGGAAAUGUUUGUCUAUCGCACUUGCUAUCCUCAGUUAUUUUUUUGGGGUUGCUGUAUUCAAAGGAAAUGGGCUUGGCAAUAAACCUGAGGUAAUACUCAUUGCACAUCAUGUGGUGAUGUGUGGGUGAAAUUUAUUCAUGAAGUUUCAAUCCAGUUUGAUUUUUCCCCAUUUGGCUUCUCAUGCUUAGACAAUUGUUAAGAUGAUGUAGUGAUGUACAUCUGUACUUAUGUAGUGUUGUGGUAAUUAGUUCUUGUUUUUGCUGAUGCUGAGUUUUGUCACAUUCCACCUUCUAGUAUGACCAGGUUGGCACAAUGUAUGUGAAUUGAACAAAGGUCACUUUGGAUGUUU